AUGCGGCUCUUUCUGUUGGCGGUGCUCGUCUGGUGCUCGUGUGCGCGGGCCGGAUGCGAGCCGAAAAUUGUCAACAUCGGAGCCGUCCUGAGCCAAAAGAGGUACGAGCAGGUCUUCAAAGACGCAGUGACCCAAGCCAACCAAGUCUACGGACGGGACAAAUUUAAGCUCACGGCCAUCUCCGUCACGCAUAAACCCAACGCCAUCCAGAUGGCUCUGUCUGUGUGUGAGGACCUCAUAUCCAGUCAGGUUUAUGCCAUCCUAGUGAGUCACCCGCCCCAGUCCAAUGACCACCUGACUCCGACACCUGUCUCCUACACUGCAGGCUUCUACCGCAUCCCUGUGGUGGGCCUCACCACUCGCAUGUCCAUAUACUCAGACAAGAGUAUCCAUCUGUCCUUUCUGCGGACCGUCCCCCCCUACUCGCACCAGGCGCACGUGUGGUUUGACCUGAUGCGCGAGUUCAACUGGAACCAUAUCAUCCUGAUUGUGAGCGAUGACCACGAGGGUCGAGCUGCUCAGAAGAGGCUGGAGACGCUCCUGGAGGAGAGAGAAACCAAGAAUAAAAAAAGGAACUAUGAAAACCUCGACCAACUGUCCUAUGACAACAAGCGAGGACCUAAGGCAGAGAAAGUCCUCCAGUUCAGCCAAGACACUAACUUAACAGCCCUACUGCUGGAGGCCAAAGAACUGGAGGCCCGAGUCAUCAUCCUUUCCGCUAGCGAGGAAGACGCCGCCGCUGUGUACAAGGCUGCCCGCUUCCUCAACAUGACAGGCUCGGGCUACGUGUGGUUGGUGGGCGAGCGGGAGAUGUCGGGUAAAGCGCUGAGCGAGGCGCCGGACGGUUUGAUCGGCCUGCAGCUCAUCAAUGGCAAGAACGAGUCGGCUCACAUCAACGAUGCAGUGGCGGUGGUGGCCCAGUCCGUCCAGGAGCUCUUUGAGAAGGAAAAUAUAACUGAGCCGCCAAGAGGAUGUGUGGGCAACACUAACAUCUGGAAAACAGGCCCUCUCUUCAAAAGGGUGCUCAUGUCCUCAAAAUACCCAGAGGGUCUCACAGGACGUGUGGAGUUCAAUGACGACGGAGACAGGAAGUACGCCCACUACAGCAUUCUCAACUACCAGAAGAGCCGACUCAUUCAAGUGGGGAUUUAUAAUGGGACACAGGUGGUGAUGAACAAUCAGCGGAAGAUUAUCUGGCCUGGUGGGGAGACGGAAAAACCACAGGGCUUCCAGAUGUCUACUCGAUUAAAGAUAGUGACAAUACACCAGGAGCCUUUUGUAUAUGUGAAACCAACUAUGCUGGAUGGAACAUGCAAGGAGGAAAUGACAUUAAAUGGAGUCUUAAUUAAAAAGGUUAUCUGCACUGGGCCCAAUGAGACCAUCCCAGGACGCCCAACCGUGCCGCAGUGUUGCUAUGGAUUCUGCAUUGAUCUCCUGAUCAAGCUGGCCAUGACCAUGAACUUUACUUAUGAGGUCCAUCUGGUGGCUGAUGGGAAAUUUGGUACCCAGGAGCGGGUGAACAACAGUAACAAGAAAGAGUGGAAUGGCAUGAUGGGAGAGCUCCUGGGGGGCUUGGCUGACAUGAUUGUUGCCCCGCUGACGAUAAACAACGAACGAGCGCAGUACAUUGAGUUCUCCAAACCCUUCAAAUAUCAAGGUCUGACCAUCCUUGUUAAAAAGGAAAUCCCUCGCAGCACACUGGACUCGUUCAUGCAGCCAUUUCAAAGUACUCUGUGGCUGCUGGUGGGUCUUUCGGUACAUGUGGUGGCGGUGAUGCUUUACCUACUAGACCGGUUCAGCCCAUUUGGAAGAUUUAAAGUAAAUAGUGAAGAAGAAGAGGAAGAUGCCCUCACCUUGUCAUCUGCCAUGUGGUUCUCCUGGGGAGUGUUACUAAACUCUGGAAUUGGAGAAGGUGCACCUCGCAGCUUCUCAGCGAGAAUCCUUGGUAUGGUGUGGGCUGGUUUUGCCAUGAUCAUUGUGGCUUCCUAUACUGCCAACUUGGCUGCUUUCCUGGUGCUGGAUCGGCCUGAGGAGCGCAUCACCGGCAUCAAUGACCCAAGGCUCAGAAACCCAUCUGACAAGUUCAUCUAUGCCACGGUGAAGCAGAGCUCCGUGGACAUCUACUUCCGGCGGCAGGUGGAGCUUAGCACCAUGUACCGCCACAUGGAGAAGCACAACUAUGAAAGUGCCGCCGAGGCCAUCCAGGCAGUGCGUGACAACAAGCUGCAUGCUUUCAUCUGGGACUCUGCGGUGCUGGAGUUUGAAGCCUCGCAGAAGUGCGACCUGGUGACCACGGGAGAGCUGUUUUUCCGUUCGGGCUUUGGCAUAGGCAUGCGCAAGGACAGCCCCUGGAAACAGAAUGUGUCCCUGGCCAUUCUCAGUUCUCAUGAGAAUGGCUUCAUGGAAGACCUAGAUAAAACCUGGGUGAGAUACCAGGAGUGUGACUCAAGGAGCAAUGCCCCAGCCACACUCACCUUUGAAAACAUGGCAGGGGUCUUCAUGCUUGUGGCUGGUGGCAUAGCAGCAGGGAUCUUCCUCAUCUUCAUUGAAAUAGCCUAUAAGCGCCAUAAAGACGCCCGCAGGAAGCAGAUGCAGCUCGCCUUUGCGGCCGUUAAUGUUUGGAGGAAGAACCUGCAGCCAUCUUCCUCUCUAGAGACUCAGGAUGAUAGAAAAAGUGGUAGAGCAGAGCCCGACCCCAAAAAGAAAGCCUCUUUUAGGUCCAUCAGUACCACCCUGGCCUCCAGCAUCAAGAGACGUAGGUCCUCCAAAGACACGCAAUACCCACCCACUGACAUCACAGGACAGCUCAACUUGUCCGAUCCUUCCGUCAGCACUGUGGUGUAGGGAGCGUGACCAUGUGACCAACCCCCCCACCCGGUCCCCCUUACCCCAGCCAAAGGAGAGAGGAAACAAAGAAGAGGAAGGUGAUAUGAGAGGCGAGACAUCAUCCUCCUUUUUUCACCGCUGGCAACUGAAAUUGUCAGGAAGUUGAAAACGUGGCUUAAAAUAUUCAAUUACCAACUUUUUAAUAUCUGUAUUACUUGACCAUACAGGUCGAUGCCUCUAGGGUCCCUGAGCAUGCACGGAUCCAUCCCAAUCACAUACAGAAUUUUCCAUAUGUAUAUGACUACCUACGUAUUUGGGUAUUUGUUUUUAAUCUUGAAAGUUUUUAGACAGAUUGAUUUACUUGAUGUUUAUUCCCAUUUCCUUACCUGCCUCCUCGCUUUCUGGUAACCUUUAGUUACAUUCAUGAAUAAGAUGCCAGUUUCAAUGCAAGUACUGUAACAUAUCACUUCCAAGUAGAGCCUAUAAACCAUUGUAAUAUUUAGUUUUUACAAGCAGAGUCUUGCAAUAUUAUGUCCCGUAAGCUUCCUUUCAUAUGUGCAUCUUUAAAAAGAAUCGUUUGCGUGACCUCACACAUUUGAAAUAGUUUAGGUUGUAUUUAUUUCAUUGGAAAGCACUGCUAAACAACUACUAACAACAAUGAUUAAUCAUGAAAGCAUGUGUGUGUUUGUAUACAGUAUGAUCUACUCAUAUUGGAAUGUCACCGGUCAUGUUAUUACUUUUGUGAUGAUGGUUAUAAAUCAAAAUAUCUUUCCCCCUUUGGUUGUCCACCAAAAUUCCAAAUGCAUGUUUUUUUUGGUUAUACUAUAAAUUUCAAAAACAAAUAUUAUCCACAUGAGCUUUAGCACAUUUUCUAGAAGACUAAAGCUUUUUUGUUUUUUGCACUCUGAUGAAACUGCAAAAUGAUAUUUUUAUGCUCUAAGCCAUGUUUGGGGCUGCCCUCUGUCUUCCUCUCUCCUGCUGCAGUCUCUCACUUUUCCGGUCUCGAAAGGGUUGCAUCAAAAGGCCAAGUUUUUCAGCCAACCAGCCCUCAAUCUUUGUUGAAAAAGCUUCCUUGUGGCACACGUUGUCGCUGGGGAACUUUUUCAAGAAGGAGUCUGAGUGGAUUUGAAGCAUUGCUACGUUUGCAAGCUUUGGUUGGCUGCAAAAACGGGCCUUUUCCUAGUUUCUGGAGCUGAGAAACAACUGCCUUCCUGGUGUGCAGCACCACAUAGCACUUUACGCUGAGAGGACACUCCCAAACCUCAACAAAAUGGCCAUAAACUCAUCUUAACUGUUCAUUUUUUUUUUUUUUUUAGAAUUGCCGUUGUUAGACAGCAAUUAAGUCUACAGAUUGAUUUUGAACAAAGUUGUAACAUUUUGCACAAUCACACAGUGCCAAACACGCAUUAGUCCAUGACCUUUUAACAAUUUGCUGUGACCUGCAUGCCGACGUGUUAUUACCACUCUGAAAGUGUUUUUUUUUUUUUCUUUUUCCUGAUGUGUUGUGACUGUGGAUUCGAAGUGAAUGAUGCAGUUGAACAGAAUGAAAUGUUUAUAGUAUUUGGCUUAGUGUCGACGGGGAUAUGGAUACUGUACAGAGUGCUUGUGUUAUGACUGCUGCUGAGAAUGUCUUUUACAACUAUUCUUAUUUAUUUACACACAAACACACUUGUGCACAAACACACACGUUGUUACAGAGGCACGCACACAUGCACAUAAUAUACAGUACAAAACACUUUCUUUCUUCAUUAAUUGAACCAUUUCGGUAAUAGAACUGUAAAUAAAACAUAAUUGCAA